AUGAGCUUAAACGGCUCUUCUGGGCAGCUCUCGGCCAGCAGAGACAAAUUGGUGGAGAAAUACGGGAAUACACCGAUUUCAGAUGGAAAAAUGAAUCCACAAAUGGCUAUGGAUGCGUUUAGUAGCAAAUACACCCAUUUAGUGGCGAAUAGUCCACUGGAUGUGCUGAGGACCGAAUUAUUUAAGCCAAUCACCGUCAGCAAUCUGGAAUUCACAGAUUCAGACUACAAGGAGACGGAAAAACUCGAGAAAUCCAUAGAAUUAGAGGUUAAAGUCUGUUCCAAGAGCACGAUCUUCCUCAAGAAGCUCCUGGAGAAUUAUGAGUCAACCCCGAAGUCAGUUUUGUCGGCUGUUUUGACCAGCAAGGAGGUGAUUUCGAAUCUUUUAGAUUUACACGAGUCAUUUACCUUUGGAUUGGAUCGAGAAUUGCCUGAAGAAGAUCGAAUUUUGGAGAAUGUAAAGACAGCCACAAAGUUGUUUAACGGGAGUUGCAUCCCGCUGGUCAUGUGGCCGGCUCAAGAGACGAAUUCCGAGGCUAUGAAGGUACCGGAAUCUGCAAUAUUUGAUGCUUUCAACAUUUACCUCUUGAGAAAACACAAUAGGGAAGUAUAUGUUGAGGUUGGCCGGAAUAAUCCAUUAUCGCAUGAGGAGGGAGGAUCUCUUGAAAUUGACAUUUCAGAUGCAACUGUGUUGCGGGAACUUUCAGAUGUAGUUAUAGAUGAGUUGCUUUCAGCUCUAUGGUGUAUUGUAUAUAUCGGGAAUUUGUACAUAAGAAAAGAGGACGUGCCACCAAUGUUUGAGGCAUAUAAAGAGGAGUUUGUUAGCCAAGACAACAAGCUUGUUGAUAAACUAUGGUCGAAAUAUUUGGCCUGUUCAGAUCAUAUAAAGGCAAGGAUGCCGCAUUUGAAGUCUUUGGAUGAAAAGUUUGCAAGCCGCGUAAUUUUAGAGCUGAAUGGAUUUGUCAUUUUGCAAAAUGCCCUAGUAACUGCCCUUGCAUCGCUCUAUUAUCUCAAGGGGGAAAUGAGUGCGUCUAUCUUCAACUCUUAUGCAUCAGUAUUUAUUCUUGAGGAUUUUAGCGGAGUUUACUCCUGUUCAUCUGAACUGGAUUGUGAUGCACUCGCUGUUUCGCCAAUUUUGGCUAAUAAUGUGCAAGAACUUCAGGCAUCUUGCGUGUUCUUCCUCUCGCUAUUCUAUCUUAUGGAGGGAGACAAGGAUGGAAAUAUGCUCAAGAUUCAUGAUGAAUUUAUACUCCCAAUUUUGCAAAGAUGGGAACUUGAAGAUUGCACAAAGAAUAAAGCACUUGCAAUACCAUUGUUCUUGCAUUUUGCACUUUUGAAAAAUGAUUCGUCUCAAACUCUAGUCAAUGGCAUUGCAGCUCCAGAGUUUAUAAGCAGGUCGUCUAAGUUCUUGCACAAGUAUCCUGAGAGUGUAGAAUGGAUUUGCCUCUCUAGAAGCAUUUUUGAUUCUGAUCAAUUCAUCCAUGCUAGACUUGCCAGGUAUAUUUUGGCAGAAUCAUUUACCAGGUUAAUGGAAUCGCUAGAGUCGCCCUGCAUUCCAGGAAUAUCAAAGGUUGCAUAUGCACUCUCCACACUCACUAGGGAUGCAUUCUUUGUCGACUACUUUGCAGAUUUCAAGAUUCUGGAUGACCUAUGUGCAUUUUUCUCUCUGCAAUUUCCAUACGACAUUGGAACAUUUAUUCAGCUACUCAAUGCCCUUUUACCACUCACAAAUGGGCUUUUGAAAGAUGAUAGUAACCAGGUGUUAAAGAAUCGAGAGAGAAUAAAGAUUGUAAUACGAACAUUGUUGCGUAAAAUUGAUGGACUCAAUAUUAGUCCACUCACAGCGGAUCUCGCCAGUGAUGGCAAAAGUUAUGUCUGUAACUCUCACACGUCGAUGGAAUUACAGUUGAUAGCAAUGUUUGGAUUAGAUGCGGGUACUUUUGCAGAGAACUGGAGCAAAUGGGAACUUGGUGAUUGUCUCUACUUUUUACCAAAAGGAUCCUGUGGAAUGCUUACAGAGCUUGACGUACAUGAUCAGUUGAAGGAUGUAGCUCCUGGAAAGUAUUGGAUUAGAAACUCUGAGCUUGGGCUUGUCCUAGCAGAUGAAGCUCCUUCUGUCCAUAUAUCAUGCAUUCGUUUUAAUCUAGAGGAUACCCUCAGGAUUUCCUAUGGUAAUGAGACCAUUUCACAUGAAAAGGGAGCCGAAUUCACCAUAUUGAGGUCCUUGUGGGUAAUUUGGAAGUCAUGCAUAGUUCAUUUAGCCAACACACCCUACGAGCUAGAUGAUGUUGCCCUGCAAACUUUUGUAUCUUGCAACUCGCUCUUCUCCAGGCUGCUUGUAAAUUUCCCUUGUCUUUUCUACCUCAUGGAGAGUCACCUAUCAUCCACCUUGUAUGUAAAAGAGGACGACUCACCCCUUGGACACUGCAGCUUUGCUUAUCAUUUUACUCUCAUCCUUGUCUUGGCACUACGGAGACCAAGGUUGCGUGUUGUUUUGCCAGACACAAUUGCCGCUUUGUCAAGUUUUUUGGUUCCAAAUUACGUAGUCCCACUUGAAGAAAAUACUACAGAAGCUGAAUUUCACAGAUAUUGGAUGUUCUUUUAUUCACUAGAACAUAUCCAAACAAAGUAUAGCACGGAUAACAAUUUCAAUAUAUUCCUGCUACUCUCUAGAGUUAUGCAAGAGGAAGAAAAAUUAUUAAAGGUCUAUCCUGUAACCUGUGCCAUCCUUGGAUUUUUCAGAGAUUUGCUCAAAGUUUGUCCACCUGAACUUUGGAUUUUGCAUAGCGUACAUCAUGGGCUUUGGAAUAUUUCGCAUUCUUCACUUACUGCACAGUCUCGCGAUGUAUUCAUGGGAAUAAGCUGCUCUCAUCUUAGAAGCCUGAAAUCCAGACUAGAGCAUCGUGCGGGUUCCAUUUACAGUUCAUUCCAGACAUUCUUUUUCUGUGAGAUGGUUUCAUUUGCCCUAAAGAGCGUUGGAACAAACAUUUGUGAACUGGAAUUUUCAGAUGCUAACCAGCGCCUAGAAAUGAUACUUGCUGUUUUGGAUAUUGCCCUGCUAACUUCUAGACUUUUCAAGGUGUGUAACUAUAAUGUUGAAGGUGGAGGAGUCCCUACUGGUACAUGCAAUAAUUCUGAUGAAUGGAUAAAGGGUCUAGAUGAACUUGGAAACCAGGUGUUGAUGGUAUUUUCAGAGUCCAACUACAUAUCGGAGCUUAUUCGUAUAAUUUCUUGUCAAAUGAACAUUUUAAAGGGCAAAGAAGGGGCCUCGCUGGUUAUGCUGAAUCCAUUGGUGUUUAGUGAAGUUUCUCUUUCGUUCUUUACACCCAGGUUGCAAAAUAUGCGCAAGAUCGCCCCUCUUUUUUUCAUGUUAGAGUCUGCCGAUAAGAUUGGACAAGAAUGUAAAAUUAACGCGAGAUAUCGUUGGCUUUCUCAACACUUUUCUUCUUGUGACGGUACGUCACAUGGUAAAAGAAUAGUUGAGCGUGCCCUAGAAUUAGUUCAUCAGUUGCAGAUUAUUGCGCUUCCAAAGAACAAGAGUUUUAUAUUUGGAACCCUGGCAAGAACUUUGGGUGGUGAAUUCUUUUGUAUGUCAAAGCUAUCAUCUCAGACACCAUUUUUGUCAAUAUCUAGCUCGGUUUAUUCAGAAAACGAUCCAAUUUCCUACUACUUGCAGGUACAGCUCGGUGCGAUGCGUAGUAUUUUACCUCAGGCUCCACUUGCGCAAUCAAUCAUCUCGCAUGCUUAUGGCGGUUAUAAUUUGGCUUUAUCCACGGAUAUAUUAACCUUGUACAUGUUACUGAAUGAAUUUUAUGACAAAAAGACUCACUACCCAGGCGAUAAAAACCACCUUUUAGAUCAACUUGGAUUAACAAAGGGGACGGAUGCACUCUUGUUCAUUGCUAAUAAGGAAGAGGAAAGUUUUGUAGAACAUUUAAUCUGCACAUUUUUCGAUACUAGACUAUGUGGAUAUGAUGAAUGUAUUUCAAUUCUCCGUUACUUUGUCGCCUGCUUAGAAACAAACAUUGGGGCUGAAUUUUUAAAGAGUGAAGGAGUAUCCGUUGGAUUUAAUGUUUUGACAAGCUUUAUAGACUCAGUAUUGCGACUUCAUAUUUUAAAUGGUAUGACUAUAUCUCAGGUAUCUCUUGGUAAUAUUACAGUCGUCCAACUAGCUCUAGUUGUUUUUAGUAGGCUAGUUGUCGUAUGCAUGGACCCAAAAGUGAAAGGUACGAGGCUUUGUUGGGAAACUGUAGAUUUGGUGCUUCGCACUCUUGUAGAUUUUCUUGGCGUAUUUGAUAGUUUUAAAAACCUAUUUAGCGAAAUAAAGCUUGAGGUUUUACCAAUGUUGGAUUAUAGACGUGGUCUGGAUAGCACCCUAGAUUUGUCCAUUCCACUAUCCAGAGGCGAAGCUGUUUUGGAAAAGAAGGUGGCUGUGGUUGAAAUUAUAGGUUCCAUUUAUAGCAUACUCUCGGCCGUUUCUCUCUAUUUGCCCAUGGAACGACAUGAUGAUCAUUUUUUGAAAAUUGUAGAGUAUGUUUCUACAAGUUGGGACUUUGUGGAGACACUGUUUCCCACUUGUAGCUACGACAAUGGUUGCUUUACCAGAACAGGGGACAAUUCGUCUAUAGACUGUAAUGACAAGGAAACCAGGUUAGGACUAUGGCUCGGUGACGAUUUACUAAAUUGGCUACCCAGAUUGCUAGAUUUUGCUUCAAAAAUGAAUGUUCCUGUAGAAAAUAUACUUUUAAAGAGUCCUGUACAUGAUAUUUGCGCAUUUGAUUUUUCGCUGCUAAAAGAGGAUUCACAAGUGAAUGGAUUCAAGAUGCAGGAUAUGCUCUCGCUGAUGAUGAGACACAUUUCCGGAGUCCCAGAGCUAAACUUUGUGUCACGGCUUUCACAGGGACGUACUUUUGUGGAUACUGGAGCUGAAAAUAGGACAGUUUGGGAAUUUUUAAACUUUGGAACUGCGGAAAAUUAUGGCUUGUUUUACUUGACAAACGUUUGCCGAUUUUCUUGCAUAAGUACUAUUCUCAUGUGUAAAAAUGGGUACGGUACUAAUGUUUAUGAUUUGGAAAAUGUAAAGAAUUGCAUAAAGAUGGUCUCUCUUGUUGAGUCUAUGAAUGCGUCGAAACUCAAGACAAUGACUGUCCUUUUUGACAUUGUAAAAUUUACACGAGAAAAUCCAACUGCACUCAAGGUCACAAAGCCAUUUGAAACUUUUGCCAUAAAUCUCACAAUGACUGCUCAACUUGGGCUAGCCAGCCCCUCGAUUUGUAACGAAAACUCUCUUUACCUUGGAAUCUUGAUAAAACUCUUGGCCACCAUUGUGGAUGGCGCAGAUGUAAAGGGAUUGAUUCAAUCCUUUGAUCAGCACUAUUCAGAGUCUGGACAAUACUCUAGAGAUGAUGUUGAAACGUUUAUAAUCAACGUGUUUGGUGGAUUUAUUGCUCAGCUUGUUCAAUUUGUGAGCACCAAUCUUGCUGCAUUUGACAAGGUUCCAGACUUGCUUUUCGGAAAGGAGAGUGGAUACAAAUUUCACAAGAGAUUUUUUGUCAAUUCUAGAAGGGCUGUAAAUGGUGAACUUGCACUAGACGAAGAACUGGUAUGGAUGCAAUAUAUAAUCUUGCAUUCUUUUCCCGCCUUGUACAGACAAUUUUCUGGUAUAGUGAACAAAGUACAGAAGACAAAUAGUCAGGUGGAAACCUUGUACAGGAAUGUUGCAAAACACGUAAUUACCAGUUUAUCUCGAGUAUCGCAUCAUCUUCUUACUCUUUGUUGUCGCUGGGAGAGGCAAAUUGUCAAGAUAUUGUCUCAAUUUUCUCAGCCUGGUAAUGGAUAUUUAUGCGCAGAAAUAUUUGUGUCAAUAUUCGCUCCAGUGGUUGCCACUUUGGCGCUAAAGGAAGUUGUUGCCACACCGCUAAACAAGGACCAAGGACACGAUUUCCUAUUUUUGCUAUCGGAUAUACUCAUAUCGCACAAAUUCACAUCUUGUGUUCCAAUGCCUCCGUCGCUAAUGGAAUCAUUGCUAAAUUCAGAACAUUUGGAAUCUAACAAGAAAUACCUAUUGGAGAAUUUUAAAAAUAAAGCUGAGCUUCGCUACGAAAAUUGUAACCUAGUUUGUGCAAUGGUUGUAAAAUGCCUGGAUCACCUACUUUCAAUGUUCAUCUUUGCCCUCAAGCAUGAGAGUGCCGAGCAUAGCCUCUCGCAACUCAUAAUAAAAUCGCACAUGAUACAAAAAAUAUACAUGUAUCCCUUUGCAAACUACUUUGUACAACCAAUAAACUCAAUAACACCAAAGAGUGCUCUGGAAUCAUACCUUGGACCGGAAAGAUACGGAUGCAAGGACAAGAGAGCCGUAGUACAGGGAAACUGCAUAGAAGUUUUGGAAAGUUCAAUCAACACUUGGUAUCCCUAUUACAUCCAGGACAAGAACAAUGUACAAAGCAGGUGUAACCUUCACUUGUUGCACUGCAAAAUACUCUACUUUGUUUCAUUACUCAACGUGGAUGGAUCUGAAAGUGUACACAUUUUAAUGCUUUUGCAAACGCUGGAGAAGAGGGCAAAGCACGUCCUUACUGGAGGUGUGGUGAGCGUUGCGCAACUUGAGGAGGCGCUACUUUACUUUUCUCUCUUGAGAAAACUGCCACCUCGUUUAUCGCUAUCUCAUGCAAAUCUCAAGACAAUAUCAAAGUUUCUAAAGUGGUCAGCGGUCCAUUUUGACAAUCUGGCGGAUGUCAUUCAUGGUAAAGGUAAUCGCGCGGGAAGUGUAAAAGCGCGCACGAAGCACCAGAGUUUGCUCUAUUUGAUUUUGGAAAAUGCAAUGACAUUCACAUCCCUCUUGCUUGAUCUAAAGGUCACUUUGGAUUUACAAGAUGAAUUGCCACCAACCGCCGAUAAAUUCUUGACGUAUGGGCAAGAUUCUCAGGAUGCAGUUGGACUGACAAGGGAACAAUUUGUUUCAUCCAUUGCCGCUGGUUCGUUUACUGGAUGCAGAGGUACGCCACUUGGUCCCUCUUCCAUCAGUUUGGACCUUGUCCUUGCCAUUUUCAGGAUUGUCGUGGAUCUGGGAUCAAUGGGUUUGUCCGUGCUGGACGAUUUUACCAAGGCACCAAUUUUGUAUGGGUACAAGAAUGGAGAUCAAAUUUUGCUACCAAUGGCAGACCACUUUUCAGAGCCUGUUUCUCAUGAUAAAACUCCAGUGGAAACUCUCACCAUUGAAAAGUGUGGACAUUUUCUGGUACAGGUGGAUCCAAUGGGUAAGUCGAGUGCCAAAAACCACUCGAUUCUUCCGGCUGCAAUUGAGCUUGGAGACUUGCAAAAGAUUGCAGAGGUUAUUGUAGAAAAGUCUCUGCUCUUUGGGUCGCAAUUCAUCAACACAUUAUGCCUGCAAAAUUCGCUCAAUAACCAGGGGAGGAGGGAUCUCUUCUCACCAAAUUCCUUCACUCUUCUCAGUGCGCUAUGCUCGGAUGUUGCAGCUCACAAGGACGUCACUUCACAGUCUCUGCAAGAGUUCAAUUCUGUGAUAUCAGACUACAUUUCAAAGAAGAAACUAGACGCCAAGAAUAUCCACAGCACAUUUGGAGACACCAUAAUCUUCCUCAAGUAG